AUGACUGGUGUGAUGUUACAGUUUUAUGAUGCUGAUGAUGCAUGUGGAUGGAUUGGAUGGGCAGCAUUCAGUCAGUGGUGUUAUCCUUAUGACAAAUACACCAAAAAUCUCUCAUCGGAUAAAAUUAAUCUGAGCACAUUUCGCGGUGAAGGAGAAUUAUCGAAUCUUCAAUUGGACGAAGCAGUCCUUACAGAACUAUUGGAAUUACCAUCAUGGCUGCGUUUAACAUCCGCCUGGUGCAAUCAUGUUUCAUUUCGUAUCAGUUGGACAAAACUGAAAAGUGUACCCAUAACUUUGACAUUGGACGAAGUUAACAUUACCGUGGAGACCUGUGAUCCGAAUGCCAGGCAAUCGGAUAGUAAAUCACCAAAUGGUAUGAAUGGCACCGGCGGGGGUGGUGGGAGUGCGGGAGGUGGUUCUCUGCCACAAGUACCGCAGGGUAAAUACAGUUUCAUACACAAGGUGGUCGACGGCAUUACGAUUAUUGUGAAUACGGUAAAUGUGAAAUUUUUAAGUACAGCGUUUACGGCAUCGGUACAGAUGUCCCGCAUUCGUGUGGAAUCAAAAACUCCCAAAUGGGCAACAGGUGAUUUGCGAUUCACCCGCCUCAAGGAUACCCACAAGGGCAUAAUUUUAAUAUUCAAAGAAUUGUCAUGGCAAACGGUGCGCAUAGAGGCCAGUUCGACACAGGAUAAAUCGUUGACACCACUACGCCUACUAACCAAUCAUGCUCGAUGCCGUAUUACCAUAAGGAAACGUUUAUCGGAUUGUAGCCUUUUGGCUUCGCGUUUAGUUUUAAUUCUUGAUGAUUUAUUAUGGGUCCUGACGGAUUCGCAACUGAAGGCGGCUCUACAUUUUGUUGAUUCUCUAUCGGGUCUCAUCAAGGCGGCCACACAUGCUACACAGAAAUCGAAAGCGGCCAAGAAAUUGGAGACCCUUCCCGAGUACCAGGCCCAACUGGCUCAGCAACAAAACCGCCAAAGUGAAUCGUCGCAUUCGAAUGCCCAACAGAAAAUGUUCAAUGCCUUCGAUGUACGAGAGACGUCGUAUCAUUUCUUUAGUCAACGGAUCGAUUUACAUUUGUGUGAUGAUGAAGGAGAUGGCCGUUCAAGUUAUCCCGAUCUCGAUAAAGGUGGUGCUUUACAAAUUUCCGUUCAGGCAUUCCAGGUGGAUUAUUAUCCCUAUCAUUUGGCCAAAUCGGAUAGAUCUCAUUGGGCUAAAUACAAAGAAGCCUCUUCAUCUCCAGCCUUAUGGUUAAAAGAAUCCCUUAAUGCUUUUCGUGAAGCUGUACUCAAUCUAAGUCAACCAAAUCGUCCAUCCAGCCAUGCUCCCCUAGAACGUAGUACCCCUAACUCACCCAUAGCUUUAAAUGUUUCCAAUUUGGCCAAUAUGUAUCCCAAUAAACAACCGACAACUACAUCGACCGGUAGUAGUACACCCACUCAGAUAUAUAGCAAUACCGGCUCAGCAGGCGGUGGAGGAGGAGCAGGAUCGGCUGGUUCCGGUUCAGCUGGCAGUAGUCAUAACUAUCAACAAAAAUCCAUAUUAGAUAAUUUGGCCAAGCUUAUGAGUUCCUGUGUUAUUCUGCGCAUUGAAGAUUUCCAAUUGUACCGCGUUACCACAUCGGGAAAAAAACAAAUGCCCAAAGAAUUUAUAUCCGGUGAUAAGGAUCGUUAUUCAUUUCCAGCAGAAAUGCCAAUCAUACACGCCGAGUUUACAUAUUUCUAUUAUCCUGGCGAUUUUAUCUUUCCACUACCCCCCUCCAAAGUAUUUGUCCAUAUAAAUCCAUUGCAAAUUCAUUUCGAUUUGUGUUCCAUAUUAUGGCUGAAUUCCUUUGCUUUGAAUCUACACGAAAGUCUAUUGCGUACCAGUAUUACAGCGGUAUCACCAACAGCAACAAAUUCCCCAACAACUGUGGGAUCACCAUCCACCAUCGGAUCGCAUGGUUCACAGGCCACCACGACACUAAAGGGCUCCUCAAAAUUCUCUCUGUAUAAUGAAGAACCGCAGCCAGUGGUCGCAGACGAGACGAAUGAACCCAACCUUAUGUAUAUGGAUGUUAAAGUUGAGGCCAUUAUGCCUCGCAUUGUAAUUGAAUCGUCUUUGGAGGCGCCGAAUCAAAAGGAUCGUCCGAAAAUGAUGCAAAUACAAAUAUCACGAUUUGCUUUAACCAAUAUACGUGAAAUGGGUUCAUCACGUGCUGAUCUUGCUCAAGCCUUACAUUCGUUGCAGGAGGGUUCUCUCGUUUUUGGUACAGGAUUUCCCUCGGCACGCGGUGAUAUGUGUAUUGUUACGGAUCGUAUAUUGUCACAUGUUGCCGCAACAGAUGUGGGUGCUUCAGCAGCAGCUGCAGCCGCUGAUGUUGGCAAUGGCGCCCAAGCACCACAUUAUUCCCAACCGCAACAACAACAACGACGUUCUUCAUCUAUACCCAAAUCCGGAUCCAUACAAAACCUGUCACGCUAUGCAAUGUGGUCUGAACCAAGAGAUGUUUGGUGUAUUAAAUUUGAUCCAGUGUGGGUAGAUUUCUUGGGUGCCCGAUCGCUGGGGGCCAAUAAAUCGAUACCCUUCAUUGAUGCGGUACCCAUAACAUUGUGGCUACACUCGGGCUCUGGAGCUAUGACGGCCACGAAUGAGCCACAAAGUAAAGUGGGUAGUCGCAAAGGCAGUGGCAGUGUUGGCGGUGAUGUUCGCGGUGCUGGUGGUUUUGAUCAAUCGGCAGCUUCAACAGCAAAGGGACAGGCGUCAUCAUCGGCAUCAAUGGAUACAAAUAUAAAUCGUUUGGAUGCGGUCAAUAGCAAUAAAUUGCCACGCAAUCCAUUCCUAGAUAGUGAAGAAGAUAUAAAUUUCGAUCGUAAAUCCCAGGCCUCUUCGAAUAAUAGUUCGACCAAUGAACGUACAGCCGAUCUGCAUGCCAUUGGUCACAUUUCGAAUUUGGUUAGCAUUCAAAUCGAUCACUAUCAGCUAUUGUUUCUGUUGCGUUUGGCCGAGGAAUUUAGUGAGAUGUCUACCUAUUUGUCACUGGAUGCUGAAAGGAUUUUACAAAAGCAAAACACCAGCAAAUCAUUGAUACUGGGCUGUGUUGUACCACAAAUUGAGGUGACAUUUGUUAUGCCGUCUCCAACACCCGGUAAGGAAUCAAGUGGUGGUGAUGCUGAAAGUGUCUUACCUGAUUCAGCUAGUUUGGGUGAUGAUUUACAUAUAAAUAGUACAAAUAUAACCUGGCCUACACCACCCUUGGAACAAAUUAAAAGCAAUACAUUUGGUAGUGUUGAAACACCAUCGCCCAUAACAAAUGAAGCACCCUUUGACAGUGGUAUACAUUUGUCCAAUCCCAAUACACAUGGUUACAAUGUCCAAAUACAAAGUACACCAACAAUGGCCUCCUCCACCACAACCAGUCAGUCUUCUUCCAUUAAACCCGAUACUGGCAUCUAUACACAAUCGGCCACAUCAUCGUCCACGAAAAGUUUUCGUUCCACCAAAAAUUCGACCAGUGAUGCUCCAAGUAUAACCAAGGAAAUCAAUUCGGGUCUUAUGUCCAUGAAAAAAGGCCUGUCCAGUUUUAUGACAUCCAUUGAUUCGGCAAUUACCUCACGCACCCAAAAUGAUGAUAUGAGCGACACAUUUUCCAUACAGAGUGACAUUAGUUCGGAUUCGGAAAAUUUCGCCAUUGUUAUGGGUGAUGACAAGACCAUGGAUUGUAUUGAUGUUAUGUUCCGCUUGAAUCCCUUUACCACUGAUGGUAAUAUGAAAGCAUCACCGGUUGAGGUGGCCAGUGAAGUGUAUGAGGAGCCAAUUAAAACUAAUUUGAGUUCCCCGUCGGAACCAUCAGAGGCCAGUACAUGGCGAAGACGUGAUUUGGUUUCAAUGGCUACUUUUAGACUUACCACUGUCGAGGUCAUCCAACAAAAGGAGGGCAACAAUUCCACAUUACGUGUUCAAGUGGCGGCCAUUUCGUGUGAUGAAUGCGGUGCCAUACCAUGGGAUGAGCUACAGAAUGCCCAACAAGCUAAAAAGAAUAAGUUUGGAGCCCGUUGUAAAGCAUGGAAUUUAGCUCCUUAUAAUCCAGAAGCACCACCCUGCAUACGGCUGCGUUUGGAGGAGACAAUGAAGCCGUUGAGUGAUGUGGCCGUCAAUGUGCAUGACAAGAAAAGUUUUCAGAGUUUGGUAUCCCACAGUGCCGAUAUACGUGUCAGUGAUGUCUCUUUGGAUUUGUCGAUGAGUACGGUUAUUGGUCUGGCCGAUUUGGCCGAAGAUGAAGUGAUCUCAACGAAUCCUUUGCCAGUGAAUGUGUCAUUGGAAAAUGUUCGCAUUAAUCUAAUCGAGGAUCGUCCACCUGUUAAUAUUACCUCACCCGGACCUGUGCCCAUUAAUUUGGCCAUUGGCCGCAUGCAUUUGAAACGUGAUAAAAAUGGUUUACUUCAUAUACAACCAAUAGAAACAAACCUCAAUGGUCCUGGUUCCGCUAAUUAUCCGCUUACCUCAGCUUUAUUUAAAACACCUGAACCAACGCCACGUGAAAGAGAACGUGAUCGAGAAUUGAUAUCACUGCAGCUGGUAAUGCAACAAAUCAAAUUGGACAAUGAUAACCUGAGGAGGCAAUUGCAACAGGCCAAGGAGAAUUCGGAUGCAUAUAGACAAAAAACCAAACAAGAAAACGAUGUAUUACGUUCCUAUCUGAAAGCAGCUCAAGAUGAUAUUACAAUUUUAUUGGAAGAGAAAAAAGCUUUAUUAGAUACCAUACGCUCGUUACAGCUCCAGGUGACAUCUAUGAGUAUGAAUAAGAAAACUGAGGGUAACAACAGGUAGCAUAACUGCAUGGAUUGCAUACAGUGUUGCGGUGAAAAUAAUAAUCCAUAGAU